GCCUAGUUUAGAGUUACAGUAACAUCCUGAUCUCCUUUCAGUACAUCCUGUCUCUAGACAGAGCCAACCUCAACAAAGAACUGUUGUCAGCAGCAGAGACGUAUCCCAACGUAAAUCUGAACUUUGCCCACAAACUACUCGACUGGAGCACUGAAACAGGGGCGAUGACCUUUGUCAGGGCUGAAGGUGCAAAGGAAGAGAUCCAGGCAGACUUGAUUGUGGGAUGUGAUGGAGCGUUCUCUGCCAUCCGGAAACAGUUCCUCCGCCAGAGCCGUUUCAACUACAGUCAGACCUACAUCCCUCAUGGGUACCUGGAGUUCACCAUGCCCCCCAUCAAUGGAGAGUUUGCCAUGAAGCCUAAUUAUCUGCACAUUUGGCCACGCAACAUGUUCAUGAUGAUUGCUCUGCCCAACUUGGACAAGACUUUCACCUGCACACUCUUCAUGCCAUUUGAGGAGUUUGAGAAAGUUACCACGGGCGACAAGGUCAUCAAGCUUUUCCAGAAAUACUUUCCCGACGCCAUCCCACUAAUAGGAGCGGAGGCUCUUAAGAGGGAUUUUUUCUGUCUGCCAGCCCAGACCAUGGUGUCCGUGAAGUGCUCCCCAUAUCACUUUGGUGACAAGUGCGUCCUUAUGGGCGAUGCAGCCCACGCUGUGGUGCCAUUCUACGGUCAGGGGAUGAACGCAGGCUUUGAAGACUGCCUUGUUUUCAACGAAAUCAUGGACCAGCUCAACGAAGACUUCAGUGCUGUUCUGCCUGAGUACACCAGAGUCCGAGUCCCAGACGACCACGCUAUUGCAGACCUGGCCAUGUACAACUACGUCGAAAUGCGGGCACACGUCAAUUCCAAAUGGUUCCUGUUCCGAAAACACGUUGACGAUUUCCUUCACAUUAUCAUGCCAAGGACAAUAAUUCCCUUAUACACCAUGGUGAUCAACCAAGGCCUGUUGUUCUGUGCUGCAGUGUCUGUCGCGGGGGGCUCCUACCUGCUAGUCAGAUACCCCCCUAGCAUGCCAAAUAUCCCCAUCGAGCAGCUGUGGUCCAGGCUGCAGGCCCUCAAGAGUCCCUUCUGA